ACCAGCCCAUAGGCUAUUCGCCUCCCAUACCUUCAAAUUGCCCCCUUCCGCAGAGACACACGGUGUUGUCGAUUGGACGGGGACGGUUUUGUACCUGUCAGGUGUAGGUGAGUGCUGGAUCUUCAUUGGUUUAGAUGAGAUUAGAGGGAGCGGUAAGACUCCUCCCAUUUCCCUAUCUAGACAAAAGCAGACUGCUGCAAGCAGCAAAUUGUUUGGGGGCACUGAAGAGUCAGGGAAGGAAAUUAAAAACUGAACAACUGAAGAAACAUUAAGUAGUGAAAGAAUUGGGAUACUACUGAACUUCACAGAUCUGUUUUCUGCCACGCGGACGAACGGACAGACAGACAGACGUCACAGAAAGACAGCCGAGAUGGCCUCCGCCGCUCCAUUCAGCCGUAGGCAGUGGGCAUCCCAGUCCCUCAGGGUCACCGCCCAGGAGUUGUCCAUUGUGUCCUCCAGGGGUAAAAACAAUGCCAUCGCUGAGCGUUUCUCCAAGUACCAGAUGGCCGCAGAGGAGGGAAAUGCAGAAAGAAAGAAAACAGUUACAGAGCCCUUGCCAGUGACAUUACGUGGUGGGAAUCUCAACAUCCUGAAGAAACGCUGGGAGCAGCAGCAGCCUUUGGACACGCCCUGCAACCCCAUCGUACCUUUGCCACGUGACGCCUACUCGGCAGCUUCGAAACCUAGACCUGCUUCACAGAUCGAAACCCAGCCUGACACCUUGAAAACUCCCACCCACUCUCAGCAACCGGACUGGGAUAUCCAGGCCAGGGCCCACAGCCGGUCUGAGCCCGAGACGGAGAUUCAUACCCAGACCGGUGAAUCUCUGUCCAGUCAGCCCUUGACAGCCAAUCUGUCCUUCAGCUCAGAGGAUCAGGCAGACAUGGAGAGGAUGUCCAAGAGAAACUCUGAGAAGCCAGAGGGAGCAGCAGCUGAAGUGCCCGCCUCUGAGAAGCCCAACAUCCCCCUCAACAGCCUAAAGAUGAUGUUUGAGAAGGGAGAGAUCCUGACCGACAAGACGUCCAAGGAGUCAACAAGGAGUGGAGGAAACAACGGUAGUACUGCCAACAUGGACCAACUAGGAGAUGGAGGUCUUUUAGAGUCCACUCCUCUGCGGGACAGGAUGGCCCUCUAUCAAGCUGCCAUCUCCAAACAGGAGGUCCUUCCCACCUCAGUCAGCAGUGAACAACUAGACAGUUACUGUGGGACUCAGAAGGAGAAUGUUCCUCCCUGCACUUUGGACGUGAGUCCAGACUCUGAGCCCAAUUGCAGGAAAGAUUCAACCUCAGACAGCAAUGCCUCCAGCUCAGUCACCCCAGUGCCCUCCAGUCAGAGAGAUCCUUCUCAGCUGAAAACCACCAGGAGCUUCCGCCUGCCAGUGAGGGAGACCUGUGUAUCAUGUCUGAAGACAGUUUAUCCUCUGGAGAGGCUGGUGGCCAACCAACAGGUGUACCACACCACCUGUUUCCGGUGCUCACACUGCAACACCAAACUCAGCUUGGGAAAUUAUGCCUCCUUGCACAACAGCAUUUACUGUAAACCGCACUUCUGCCAGCUCUUCAAAUCCAAGGGCAAUUACGAUGAGGGCUUUGGACACCGGCCUCACAAGGAGCUGUGGGAGACAAAAGAUGAAGGCGGUGAAUCCCCUCUGCAGCCAAAGCCAAAGAUGGAAAACCCAACUGCUGUCUCAGACCUGUCGAGUCCCUGUGUGGAGGAGUCCCCCCUAGAAAAAGUGAAUGUCCUGACGGCGACUAUGGAGACUCUCAGCCAGGGAUCAUCCGAGAAGGCCGACCGACCUGCAGAGACCCGCAGGUUGAAGAUCUCCUGGCCUCCGCAGACCGUGACGGAUGACUCCAAUGGUCUCACUGGAGCCAGCACUCCGGUAAUCGCCACAGAUGGGGGGUCGGUCAGUAAGCUUGUCCGUCCCAAGUGGCCGCCAGAGGAAGAGUCCCCCUCCUCAUCUCCUGAGCAGAGCCCCGAGGCCAAGGAAGUGUCCUGUUUGCGCCGGACCUCCUCCCUCAGGGAGCGCUGUCUACCUUUCACAUUGGCCAGCCAAACUGGCAGCAGUCCUGCUUCUGAGGCUAAACAACCGAGCCCUCCCCCACCUUCUGAUUCGCAGUCUAUGGAUGACGGACAAGCCAGCCCUGAGUCUGUGAGCAUGGAGCUCCAGCAUGGUGGCCGAAUGACGGGAAGUCGCACACCCACUGAUGACGGCUGUGUGGACAUACACACCAGCUCAGGAGAGGAAGAGGAGGCAGAGAUGAAGAGGGUCGCAUCAGAUGAUGCUUUUCUCACACAAGAGGGAGAACACGAUGGCAUUGAGGAUGGAGAAAAUGGGCAGGAAAGUGAGGAUAGCGAGGCAGAAAAGAUGGAGGAAGAGAACCUGGAAGGAGAGGAUCGAGAUUUGGCAGAGCAGCAGUUGCUGCCUUUGAAACGCCAGGAGACCCCCAUGACACCUUCACCUAUCUCAUCUCCAGAGGGUGAGGCCAAAGUCAGCCAUUCAUCCCAGGAUGUGGGAUUCUAUGACAGCGAGGAGGCCGAAGAUAGGGAGGAGGAGGUGGUGGAGGAGGAGCAGCAGCAGCAGCAAGAGGUGCUGUCCGUGGAGGAAUUGAUCAAACGAAACCGAUAUUAUGAGGAGGAAGAGGAGAACGUAUGAAAUAGCUUUGCUCUUUGCUGCUAACCAAGAGGAAGACCUUCUUAAAUGGUUGACACCGUUUUCUUCUUAAUUCAGUUUAAAUUUCCUACCAUGAGCAAUUUCUGGUUUCUGUUCCAUUCUCAACUUUGUAUUUGUGCCUCUGAACAAAUAACUUUUUGUUUCAACCUUUUAAAGAAAUUCUUGUAAAUCAACUUUUUUACUAUAAGCCAGACAUUGUGAGAUUGGACACCAUUCAUUUUUAAACCUUUCUCUUGUUAAUCUACCGCCCCGGGUUCCUCGUGCUAAAAGUACAACGAAUUUUAAGAUAUAAAUACCCAAAUUUUAUAAAAAAUUGAGUCUAUUUUAUUUAUGUGUUUACAACGACUAUUUUCAUGAUUGCCUCAUAGCUGUCGUGAGGCAUUUUGGAAAAAGAAAAGAUAGAUGCUGAUACUUGUGUUUACUAUGUGGUUUUUUUUUCUACCGUCACCAUGUUGUGAAACUGAAAGCUUUGGAGACAUUGCACAGUGGCUCGGGCUCCUGUCUCAAAACAGCCUCUGUUUUUCACCUCGGGGUGGGUUUUCCACCUCAUCUCGUGUCGUUAGCGAAUGCGAUUUGAUGAGGAUCCCUGGUAAGUUUAACAGGAAAGCAAACAAAUGUUGAGGGGUGUUCUGUCUGCCUGACCACAGCUUUUUUAUUAGGAUUCGUUUUUGAUGUGUCCCUUGUGAGAACUAUUCCGGACUUCUGUUUUUUUCUACUUGUUCAACUGAUGGGAGGAGAAUACACACAAGCAUGAAUGCAUUUCUACUCUGUAAAAUUAGGACAACUUCUCACAUCAACGUUAUGUUCAUCACCUUCAAUUUUGUUUUCCACGUGUAAAACAGCCAGUGGGUGUGUAUGCAUCUGAAUAUUGCCAUGUUGGUCUUUUUUUUUUUAUCAAGGGAUCAACCAGCCUGGCUUGUUACUGUUGAUACGAAUAAAGAACUGCCAGAAUAAAAUUUUUACUAUCUA